CCCUGUGUGCAUUGCGCGCGCCACUCAGUCGGGCACGCGCUUAACUUAGUCCAGGUCAGCUCGAGAUCACCUUAAGCAUCAGACAAGAGUCAAGACACCGCGACCGCGCUGCUUAGCAACUCCAAACCAGGAGCACGAUGAGACUGUCGGUCGCUUUUCGCCAUGCACAUCGGAGUCACGCGAGCAUACGUCGAUCACGCGCCUGUGUUAAAGUUCCAAACCCGGAGAAGAACAGAUUCAUACAUGAUAAUAUCGCUGUUUCUUUUGUAUCGGUUCGGAAAGCAAGUUCGACCAGCGGUACAACCGAAACGGUAGCGAGCUUUAAAAGGCAUCCACGAAAAAACGAUGGACCGCUGUAUGGAAGUGCUGUUGGCGACAUUGUUCAGAGGAGCAGAGAAGAGCUCAAAGCUAUUAGAGAAACCAACCCAGGCAUCACACCUACACUUGCUAUCAUACAGGCUGGUGAAGAUGACAGUUUGCUGGAGGUGAAUAAGAAGAUGGCUAGAAAGAUCGGCUUAAACGUAAUGCAGAUUUGUCUUCCACGCCAGUGCUCCGAGGAGGAGGUGAUCGAGGAGAUCUUGCGGUUAAAUGAGGACUCUCUUGUUCAUGGCAUUUUUUUGCACCUUUCUCAGUCCUUCUUCUCCAGAAGUGUCUUUAAUGCCAUCAAGCCCCAGAAGGAUGUGGAUGGGGUCUCUGACCUUAACGUUGGCCGUGUGGUGUUGGGGGAUCAGAGAGAUGGCUUUGUCUCACCUGUAGCUGGAGCUGUGCUGGAGCUACUUGCCAGACAUGAUGCCCCAUUGGUUGGCAAGAUGGCAGUGCUGGUGGGUGUAAAGGGCCCCCUGAUGGUGGCUCUUCAGUUCUUGCUGCAAAACAAUGGCAUGAUUGUGCAGACCUGCCAGUGGAGCUCAAAGCACCUGCAGAAACAGGUCAUGGACUCGGAUGUGGUGGUAUUGUUAGACACAAGCCACAAGGGCCUCCCACCCACCUGGUUAAGACCAGGGGUGGCAGUCAUCAACCUUGGCUCGGCCCUGAUGGAAGAACACGGUGACAGUUGGGAGCCCAGGAUGGAAGCUAAAUCUGAUGCAGGAGUUGGGCCUCUAAGUGCUGCGCUUAGAAUGCAGCAUGUUGUGAGGAGCAGCAGAAGGUGGUUAGAAGAACAGGAGUACCAGUCAUGGAGGCUCCGCCCACUAAAACUUCAACCACUCUCACCUGUUCCAAGUGAUAUAGAGAUCUCCAGGGCACAGACUCCCAAGCCCAUAUCCCAGCUGGCUCAGGAGAUUGGGCUGCUUCCAGAAGAGCUGGAAGGCUACGGGAUAUCCAAAGCCAAAGUCCGUUUGUCCCUCCUCAACCGCCUCCAACAUCAGCCUGAUGGCAAAUAUGUCCUGGUGGCAGGUAUAACUCCCACUCCUCUGGGUGAGGGGAAGAGUACAGUGACCAUAGGUCUUGUCCAGGCCCUCUCUGCUCAUCUCAAGCUGAACUCCUUCGCUUGUCUGCGACAGCCCUCCCAGGGCCCAACGUUUGGAGUUAAAGGAGGAGCGGCAGGCGGGGGAUACGCACAGGUCAUUCCUAUGGAGGAGUUUAAUCUCCACCUUACAGGAGACAUCCACGCUAUUACUGCAGCCAAUAAUCUUGUGGCGGCAGCUAUUGAUGCCCGCAUUCUCCAUGAAGCUACCCAAUCUGACAAGGCCCUGUACAGCAGACUAGUGCCGUCAGUUAAUAGCGUGAGACGCUUCUCUCCUAUACAGCUGGCUCGCCUGCAGCGUCUUGGAAUAAACAAAUCUGACCCCAGUGACCUCACACCGCAAGAGGUCAGCGCAUUUGUUCGUCUUGACCUUGACCCUGAGAAAAUCACAUGGCAGCGAGUCGUUGAUACCAAUGACCGAUUUCUGCGCAAGAUCACUGUUGGCCAGUCCAACACAGAAAAAGGUCAUGCUCGCCAGACCCAGUUUGAUAUUGCGGUGGCCAGUGAGAUCAUGGCUAUCCUUGCUCUGACAGAUGGAUUGGCUGACAUGCGGGCCAGACUGGGGCGUAUGGUUGUGGGCAGCAGCAGAAAUGGCCAGCCAAUCACUGCAGAUGACUUGGGUGUAACCGGGGCUUUGGCAGUCCUCAUGAAAGAUGCUAUCAAACCUACACUGAUGCAGACACUGGAGGGCACUCCGGUGUUUGUGCAUGCUGGACCAUUUGCUAACAUCGCCCAUGGAAACUCCUCUAUCUUGGCAGACAAGCUGGCUCUUAAACUAGUUGGAGAAGAAGGCUAUGUUGUGACGGAGGCUGGCUUUGGUGCAGACAUUGGCAUGGAAAAGUUCUUCAACAUUAAGUGUCGGACGUCUGGGCUGAGGCCUGAUGUUGUGGUACUGGUUUCAACUGUACGAGCUCUGAAGAUGCAUGGAGGUGGACCAAAUGUCACAGCUGGUGUACCACUGCCUAAAGAAUAUAUUACUGAGAACUUGCAGCUGGUUGCAGAUGGCUGCAGUAACUUAAAAAAGCAGAUUCAGAUCACUCGCCUCUUUGGAGUCCCGGUGGUUGUUGCUCUGAAUGUCUUCAAGACUGACACUCAAGCAGAGAUCGACUUGGUGUGUCGCAUCGCAGAGGCUUCUGGGGCAUCAGCUGCUGUUCCGUGUCAUCAUUGGUCCAGAGGUGGGCGCGGCUCUGUGGAGCUGGCACAUGCUGUGAAGGAAGUUGCAUCUCAGGAGAACUGUUUUCAAUUCUUGUACAAUCUGCAGGAUCCUAUUGUAGAGAAAAUUCGGACAAUUGCACAAAAGGUUUAUGGUGCUGAUGACAUUGAGCUUUCACCUGAGGCUCAAGCUAAAAUAGACUACUACAAUCAACAGGGUUUUGGUGCUCUUCCUAUCUGCAUGGCCAAGACCCACCUGUCUCUCUCUCACAUGCCUGAGAAAAAAGGUGUUCCUACCGGUUUUAUCCUGCCCAUCAGAGACGUCCGUGCCAGCAUUGGGGCAGGGUUUAUCUACCCCUUAGUUGGAACUAUGAGCACCAUGCCAGGCUUGCCUACUAGACCCUGUUUCUAUGACAUUGACCUUGAUCCUGUGACUGAGGAGAUAAAAGGACUCUUCUGAGGACGUUUAUUCUGUCCCAUACAUGCACUUGACCAGUGAUCCCCACUGUCCGUGUAGGCCGCCAUUCAUAUGCCAAUGAUUACAGCUCAUCCACUGCCUUCUAAAAAUGAAACUACUGAGAGUGUCAAUUCUACAAUAAUAGCUUCCUUUAUGAAUUAUGUAUUUAGCAGGUUUUCAUUUAAAUGUACUUUUAACUGUUUAGACUGAGUUUUAGGCUUUACAUUUACAUUUUUCUUUCUCUAAGCGUUUGUUUACAUAGUGUUUACAAUUUAAUGAUGCACAAAAGCUUUUUAACCCAUUCCAGCUUAUAACUCCUAAUUCUUUAAUAUUUCUGUUUUAUUUGUUUCAGGUUAGUUAUGGAGUACAGUAACAGUUUUCAAGCGAACUUCAUUUAUAUUCUUUUUACUUGAAAACCUUUAGCAUUCUCCAUUUGGAACAGUUAAUAAUUUAGAUCAGUUUCAGAUGUUUGUUACAGCCAAAUAGGUCAUGAAUCCAAUGUCUGAGGAGCUUUUAUUUAGACACUACACAAAACAAAAUGAUAGGUGUUAGUGAUUUGUUUGACACUUCUCUCUCUCUCUCCCUUAUAAUAUAAAUGAUUAUAAAUGUACAAGUGUUACAUACUUCAGUCUACCCAUCUAUGCACCUUUUCAGCAUGCAUGAAAAUACAUGCCAGAAAAUCUUGUUUUAGACAUUCCACUGUUAUCUGUUAUUCUGAGUCUUAAACUACAGUGUGCUACGUGAGUAGAGAGAAGAAUUCCAUUAACUGUUGCAAUAGUUGUGUAUGCUUCAUAACCUGUAUUUUUCCAGUGAUGAUAGAUUGUACAAUGAAAAAGGCAGUCAGAAAACAAGAUGAUUCGCCAUAAAAAAUAAAACGGUGAUAAAUAAAACGGUGUAAAUACUUUGAA